UCCUCCUCCUUCCGACCAACUCCCUCUUGAUCGUGUUUUCUGGAAAAAGGUACAAUUUAUUGGCAUUUGCCGUAUAAAAGUUGACGAUCUGUCUGCGUUCGGUAGCAGUACCAGUUUGGGGUUCAUUUAGGAACAUUGAGUUGAUUUGUUGUGUGGUCCAGCAGUGACUUGCAAAACUUGCGGCGAAAUGGCCACUUCCGCGCAAAUGUUCGUUAAUACCGUGAUUGUCGUGAGUGUGAUCUUGGGGUUCGUGUCCGGGGCGAUUAGUGAAAAGUCCAGGAAGAUCUGUGACAACAAGUACAGUUUAACCUGUUUGAAGCUGGAGAUCGUGUCGUUCUUGGAGCGGAUAUCGGACCAGAGCGAGUACAACCUCAUGUCCGGGGUCAGUGUGGUGAAGGACAACACCGUGAAUGUGACCAAAACGGCGGAGAUCAUCGCGGAAGUUUCGCGGAUAUUCCCUGCCGACCCGAACAAGCGGCUGGACGAGUUCCUGAUCGUCAAGUUGAACGACUACCUGAAGAGUCACUCGCUGCGGCUGAAACUGAUGGACAACGAAGCCAUGGAGAAGGCCCGUGACCUGUUCGAGGGGCGCAAGGGCAAGCUGGGCAAGAAGGGCGGUCUGGAGACGAUGAUCGCGGCUGCCAUGAUGAUGAAGGGAACCCUCGGUGCAAUUGCCCUCGGAACCCUUGCCCUGAUCGCCGGCAAGGCCCUCAUGACGGGCCUCCUCGCGAUGACCCUGGCCACGAUCGUAGGUCUCAAGUCGCUAACCAGCGGCGGCGGCGGUGGUCACAAAUCAACAACGUACGAAAUCGUAGCCAAACCCGUGUACUCGCACUCGUCCCACGCCGAUCAGCAGGAGGACAUCGGAGUGCACCCGUCCGGGUUCAGCGCGGCCAGCUGGGGACGAUCCCAGCGGCUGGAGGUGCCAAAGUACUGAGAGCUUGUUGGGACCGACCACCAGAGGGACGACGACGAGCUUUCUCUCUUUUCACCCGACUUUCGUUAGCUCUCUUUCUCCCGGUUUCCGAAGUGAAGCUUUGGAUUUCGAAAUCGCCUGGCAUCUAGGCUGAUACGUGUUCGAAAGCUUUACUGCAUCUGGGAAGAAAGUUUCUUAAAUUUCUCUUUACCUGAAUCUUUGUCGAACUUGAACGAUGCAACGUAUUUAUUGUGAUACAGUAUUAAUUAAUCCCUAAUUUGUGUAUGAUGAAUGUAUUUAAGCUCCAACUGAUAAUUUA